AUACAAAACCUCGAUGCCACAUCCAGCGGCUUACACAUGCGUCAUUGUGUGUACGGCGGCCGGUUGUCAGUUCUCUCACACAACUAUGGCCAUACAUACAUCUUUUGCCGCUUAAUUUAAAAAUAGAAUUGUUUUAAAAAAUAUUGAGUUAAACUUUUUAUGUUAGUGGCCAGUGACAUUAGAUAUCACAGAUAAAAAAUAUUAUUUAUUUUUGUGAAAACAGCCAGUGUUUUUAUAGUGAAUUAAAUAUGGGUUUAGAUUGUGUUAAUAAGAUGACCGAAAGUACAGAAGUAUUUACGAUAAAUGCAGCUUCCAAUACGGAUUUAAAUCAGCCGCGAAAAGACGUAGAGUCGCAGAACUCCAGCACCAAUCGGUGGACAACACACCGUGUGAUAGCAUACGUCAUAGACGUCGCAGUUUUAUCCGGCAUAAUCAUUUUGGUGUUGUUGUUCGAGACUGGCAUAAUACGCGGUCAUAAGGCUGGCUUCUACUGUAACGACCCGGCGCUCUCCUUCCCCUACCAAGGCGAGGUGGUCACAACUCCCAUCAUCGUCAGCACUCUGUUCGUACUGCCUAUUGUUGUGAUCUUCCCAACAGAACUUAUCAUGAGCGAAGAUCAUUCCACAAAGAGGUAUACGAAUAACUUGAAGCAAGCCUGGCUGGUAUACAGGAUGUAUCUGUAUGGCCUGCUCAUGAACUUUGGGGUCGUGGAGAUGAUGAAGGGGUUGGCAGGCAGCCCGCGACCGACCUUCUUCGAUUUGUGCAAACCAGAUGCGGCGUUGACUUGUAAUGGUACAGAGUUUGUGAGUUCGUUUGAGUGCACGUCGGAGUUCUCGUGGUGGUACCAGCUGGACUCGUACCGCAGCUUCCCCUCGGGGCACGCUUCCUUCUCCGUCUACUGCGGCUUUUUCAUUGCAUGGUACCUCCAAAAACGCGCGUUCGCCUGGACCCAGCCGUCCACCCUGGCGGUGACCGGUCUCCAACUCCUCAGCAUCACGUACUCCAUCAUCUGCUCCCUCACGAGGAUCACGGACCGCCGGCACCACUGGUGGGACGUACUCGCUGGGACCGUUGUGGGAUUCAUUACUUUGUUGUAUGCGGUAAUAUAUCUAGCUGACAAUUUCAAUCUCAAAAAGUCAGAAGAACCUGAACAAGUCAGAUUAGAGGAGAGGCAGCAUUCGGUCAGAACUUUGCUUUACGAAGACCAAAGGAGCUAGCAACGUACACUACAUAGUUGUUAUCAAAUUGUUAUUUUUUUGCCGUCCUUUUAUAAUUGGACGAUAUUUAAAAUCCGUUAUGAAUAAACGAUAUCGGAUUUUAAAAUAAUCCAUGUUUUGUCUCUCUCUUCCUAAUAAUAAAAGAGACAAAUAUUAGUAAGUUAUUUUUUAAAGUUUAUAGGUGCCCGAAAUUUUGCAUAUUAUGGGAACGCGAUAUUUUAAAAGAUAAUGAAUGAGCCGAAAAAAAUCGUUUUAAGGUUUGGUUUACACUUUGUGAAGUUGCAAUUGGAUAAUGCAGGUCUCUAGUAAAGUUUUAAAUAAUUAGAAUAACAUUGUUAUAAUGGUUUCUUAUGUUCAAGCGAAUGUUAGAUAGGAAUCAAAGUAUUUUUCUGAUUUGAAUGCGGUUUUUAGGUUAUAAUUUUCUUUCGACGUUUCGAAGCAGCCUUCAUGGUCAAGAGACAGACAAAAAAGAAAUAUGAACCAGAAAAUUUUGUAUCAAUAUUUCGUUAAAACCUUGUCUUUACUAAAUUUUGAGAAAUAUUCCUUCGUUAACACAAAUUUUGUCCCGAAGCGGAAGUCGAAUUUGCCUUUCGUUUCACAUCCCAUUCAUAGCUAAGCUAUAAAGGCUGUUAGUUAAUGUUCUGCUUUGCCUACUUCGCAAGUGUAAACAAGCCUUUAGACCACAUAUCGCUGUAUAAGGUAGCCGAGGGCCGUGUUUUUGUAAAAUUCCGUAUAGGUUUAUAUUUUUAAGUGACAUUUUUAUUUUAGUUAAGGAUACGCUUUUAAAACUAUAGGUAUAAGACUCAAUCUUAAUUGACAAAUAUUUGUCUACAAACGAGUGUUUACUUUCUGUAGAGGAAAUGAGCUUCUACAUUUGUUUUUACCCGACUAUGGCAAAGGAAGGGUAAUGAUAUCAUAAUAACUAUUAUAAAUAUCAGUAUUAAGAAGAAGGGACAUAUUUUUAAAUAAAAUGUAACGUACAUAUUAUUCCAUGUGAUUUUAAAAGUAAUUAGGUUUAAACAGAACAUAUUUUUAAAAAUAUGUUUAAAAACUAUUAUUUUUUAUAUAGUAUACUUAUCACAUUAGUAUGUAUUGUAUACAUUUGAUUGUAUAUAUUUUCAUUAAAUAAGACUGUAAAUAUGAAGACAUAAUUUACAAAUGUUGUAAAUAUAAAUAUUUAAUUGAACAUA